AUACUUUUAUGCAAAAGACUAAGAGAGUAUAUCAGAACACACGAACACAACAUAAUCUAGAUCGAUUAAAUACAGAAUUGAAUGAAGUGGCUAAUAUUAUGACCAAAAAUUUGGAGAAUGUCUUGUGGCGUGGAGAAGGGUUAGAAAAAAUGAGCUCGCUUUCAGAUCAACUUCGAUAUGAAUCUCAAAAAUACAAGAAAUCUGCACGUGAUCUUAAUUUACAAUUACUUUUACGUAAAUAUGGACCAUUAGUAUUCAUUUUUAUUAUAAUUUUAUUGGUAUUAUAUUGGCGAUUAUGGUGGUAUUAA